AUGAGUAGAAUACUACCUCUCAAAGCUCUGACGCACUCUGCGUUUGCUGGUGCAUAUCCGCCUUGCAUUCCAAAGCUUAACCGACUUGCUGGUGGCUCUCUGAGUCUUUCAAAAGGUUCCAGACCUUCACUUCCGCUCCCCCGCGGUCAUGUCAUCUCUCCCAGGAUGAGAAGGGCGGAGUCAACUCUGGCGCAGCCAUCUGCCGCAGAACCGUCUGCAAAAGUAUUCUCUACGGAGCCAUCCUCUGCAGAGCCAUCUCCCGCAGAGCCAUCGCAUACCGUCGUUAGGCCAAAGAGACCAUCAUCCCUCGAGAUCAUGUAUCCAUUCAAAUCUGCAGGGUAUAGAAAUCAGCCUAUUGUGAUGAAGACCUCGCGCACGACCACCGCUCGGUUUGGACGAUUUUGGCUUCGGGACAAUUGCCAGUGUUCUGGGUGUGUCCAUCCAGAUACAAGACAACGAAGCGUGGACACCUUCUCCAUACCGCCGGAUGUGGCCCCGAAUAAUAUCACCUACGAAGGGGAAAUCGCUAAAGUAGAGUGGUCUGAUGGCCACCAGGGUGUCUACCCAGUUAACUGGCUAAGUAGUCUUGCGCCAUUGAAGAAUCGUGUGGUUAGCAAGUCACUGCCAAAUAAGAAAAUGAGAAAGUUUAUCGCCCACAAGCCUGAAAAUACCUCUUACCCAACAGUAUUAUAUGAAGAUGUCAUGUCUAGUGACGAGGGCUUGUGUCAAUGGCUUCACAAUAUUUAUCUCCAUGGCUUCUGCUUCGUCAAGGGGGUCCCCGUUGACCCAGAAUCAACCAAAACCCUCCUGGAGAGAAUCGCUUUCAUCAGACAUACUCACUACGGUGGCUUUUGGGACUUUACGGCCGACUUGACAUUCAAGGACACUGCAUAUACCACAGAGUUCCUUGGUGCACAUACAGACAAUACGUACUUCACUGACCCGGCACGACUUCAACUGUUUCAUCUAUUGUCACAUACCGACGGUGAUGGAGGCGCGAGCUUGCUUGUCGAUGGCUUUUGGGCUGCAAAAAUCAUGCGAGCAGAAAAUCCACAGAACUUCCAAGUGCUAGCAGCAAUGCCGCAGCCGUUCCAUUCAAGCGGCAAUGAGGAAACCUGCAUCCAGCCCACAGAACAAAUGCCCAUUUUCAAGAUCCACUCGCAGUUUAAUUACCUGUACCAAAUCCGCUGGAACAACUAUGAUCGGGCAGCUAAAAAAGACUGGACUUUAGAAGAGCAGAAUAGAUGGUACAAUGCAGCCCGGCACUUUAACGACAUAAUCACACGUGAGAAAAUGCAGAUAUGGACACAGCUAGAGCCAGGAACAGCACUUAUUUUCGACAACUGGAGGAUGCUUCAUGGUCGCUCCGAAUUCACUGGAAAGCGGAGGAUGUGUGGCGGAUACAUCAACAGCGACGACUACGUUUCGCGUUAUCGCCUCUUAAGGUUCGGCAGAGAGAAGAUCCUGAACAACAUAGGCAACUUUAUGGGACGCAUCGACAACCCGAACUUCUUCCUGUAA